AAGGGACAUGUUAACACUUCUGUGCUGCUACACGUGUGUGUUGCUCAAGAAACAAACUCAGUAGGGAACAAAACGUGAAAGGUCCGAGGCUGUCAAUUGAAUAACACCUAACAAUAAACAACGAGUUUGCAUUCAACUCAGAAUGGAAGGGAGCUCGCCAAGAAACCUGAAGUAUUUAACAGACAUUGAGGAAAGAAUGGAUUCAGAUGAAGAAACUAAACGCCUCUUAGAGGCAGACCAAGAUAGCAUCAAUUAUACCGGAGGACGGUACAAAACAGUUGGUCCUACAACGAUUGGAUUGGAGAGAAGCGACGAGGAGAGAGACAAGUUGGCCGCUAGAAGAAAGAUUUCCAACAGAAUCAACGAACUGAACAACCAGUCGGGUUUUGCUAAAUUUCGCUCUGCCUCACUUAGUAUUUCCAUGCUUGCAAAGCCAUCAGAUGAUCGAAAUGCUUCAGCGUGGCUUGCAGGCUGGAAUGUUAGCAAUUUGAUUCAAGGCACUGGCAUACUCGGUAUACCAUUCGCAGUGCAUCAAGGCGGUUGGGCUGCAGUCGCAUCGAUUUUCCUCGUGGCGGCGUUAUGUUGCUACACUGGGAAACUGUUGGUAAGUUGUUUGUACGAAGAGUCAAAGAAAACAGGUAUAAAAAGGCGUUUGCGAGUGAAUUACCCCGAAGUUGGGGAGACUGUUUACAAAAAACUAGGUUUCCGUUUGGUAUCGAUUGUGCAAGUGGUCGAGAUGUUUGGAGGCGUGACAAUGUACAUCGUUUUGCUUGGCACUGUUCUAGGCGAGCUACUUCAAGCCAAGACGGGUUUAGGAACAUAUGAAUGGGCAGCUAUCAGUUGUUUGGUAGCCUUACCUUCACUUUUUAUCAAACGAAUGUCGAUUAUAUCCUGGCUGAGUUUACUUGCCGUGUUUGCUUUGAUGUGCUCAAUUUUAGUUAUGGUUGCAUUUACAAUUAUGAAGUAUGACUCGUGGAAGUUGUCAAACAUCCCCCAGUUCAACCCCACAACAUUUCCAAUUGGGUUUGGCAUCGUCGUCUUCAGUUACUGUGCACACGCUGUGUUCCCAAGCAUCGAAUCAAGUAUGAAAAAACCAGAGAAAUUUAACAACAUGAUGAACUGGGCAUUUGUGUUUGCAGCUGUGGUAAAAGCAGUUCUUGGCGUGUUCAUGGUAUUGGCAUUUGGCAACGAGACCAAGGAAGUUGCAACAGUGAACCUGCUUGAAAAUGCUGGUUUCAGUAUCACUGCCAAUGCACUUGUGAUUACCAAUGUCAUGCUUGCUAUACCCCUGGCAAUGUUUGUGGUCAGUUUGUCAUUUGAUGAUGGAUUUUUGAUGUACUUUCCUUAUUUGAACACUGAUUCCAAGUACCACUGGAUUUGGCUUGUGAUCACCAGACCAAUGCUUCUUUGUGCUGCUCUCUUUGUUGCCUUAAUUGUUCCACAUUUUGGUCUCUUAAUGGGAUUUGUUGGCAGUUUUACUGGUACAUGCUUAUGCUUCAUCUUUCCCUGCCUUUUCCAUUUGAAGUUGAGAUGGCAUAAGCUUAGCAAAGCUAUAAUAGCAUUAGACAUAUGUGUUAUGGUAUUUGGAGUAAUAGCUGGAGGAUUUGGUCUGUUCUUCUCGGCAAAAGCAUUGGUUGAAACCUUUGAAUUCGGCUCAUAACCUCAACUAAUUAAAACUCUACUACCUGUUUGAAGGUAGACAGCGACUUAUCAAGGAUUUGCCUUUAAAACCACAUAAAAAUGGACUCUUUACCUACUUGACAGUAAGAGUGUAACUUGAAGGAAUCUUUAAGGGGGUACCAGAACCUGCAAACCCAGACAACGAAUUGGAUUAAACUAGUGACUCAUACUAAAAUUUGGAAAAUCCAAUAUUCAAAACCUAAAACCCCACAUGUUUUCCAAAAGAAACACAAAACACUGUGACUAAAAUUCUCUCUCAUCUUUAGUUUUCAUCCCAGCUAGUCCCUGAUAUUGUCUGAAUAAACCAUUGGAAAUUGUUCUACAAAUCAGCUUUGGUCUAAUGAAGUUCAUUUUUUCAUAAAAAUACAAAAUGUUGUUAACACUGCCAAUAUAGUCAUUUCUAUUUAAAUAUGAAUCAUCUACCUAGGUAGUAGUUAUUCCAGGAGGUUCAAAUUUGGUUCUAAUUAUGGAAGCAUGUUUUGUUAUUAGCUUAGAAGUGGAAAAUGCGUCAUAGGUGAAAGCAUCCUGAGCUCAAUUACAGCUCUUCAUAUUCUUGAAGCAAAUCAGUUUUGAUUUCUAUCAAUAAAUAUCAUUAAUCUUGUUAAGAUUUUUACUCUUAUUUUAUUUAUUCUUUUAAAUUUAAAUUUUAACCUUUUUUCUUGGAAUCAUAACAUUUAGAGGGUCUUUGAAAUCUUAUUAAUAUCGAACAUAUACAUAAGUGAUACUUUGGUUAAUUUAAAAGUCUUAUGAGGACAAUUUACACUAACUUGUAUGAGAAAUAUAUUUUCUGAUGAUUUUAAACCAUCAUGUAUGGUCUUGAUUAACAAAUUUUGAAAGCAUGAUUUUAUUAGUUUUAUAUAUUAGCUAUUCUCAAAUAAAUAGAAUUGAACU